AAAAAUUCUUCAUCAUUUGAUUAUUUAAAAAGAGUACAGAAGCAAAGAUCAGUGUCAGAAGAGUAAUAUCAUCAGUUAUUUGAAUCUAAAGUCACUUCUUCUUUCUUUCAAAUCUGAGAUUUUCCUAGUAUUCGGUAAACAUGUCAGAUUAAGUGGGGCCACACACACCAUCCCGACCACAAUUAAACUCUCCAAAGUAGAGUGGCAAUGGCAUCCCAUUAAAUUGUCCAAAAGUAUAAGGGUACUUCAGUAAAACCUUUCUUCAUAAUAUUUGAUGUUCAACUAUAGUAUUAAAGCCCUUCCCUAGCCAAAGAUUUUGUAACGAGAGAAAGAGAGAGAAUGGUAAUGCCACCACUUAAAUCAACAUCUUCUAUGUCUUCUUCUCAAUGUUCAUCUUCUUCUUCACCAACCUCAAGCUCCAUAAAACUCAAAUCUCUAAUCCAAACUCUCAUCAUUUCUCAAGUUUGUCGGCUAAUCCGAGAAAUUUCUAGAGCUACAUCCAUUAUUGUUAGAGUCUUGAGAAAGAAGCAAUACAAUUUCUUGUCAGUGUCUUCUUUACUCUAUCCAAAGAGAGUCUCUAAGAAACAAAAGAAUAAUAUAUUAUUCGGCUCCUUCAGACUUCACUACAACUUUUGCUCCUCUCACGUAGUGCCUGUCUCUGCACCAGUUCGGCUCCCGGAAGAGCUUUACUUGGCUCAUCUCGGAUAUGACUCUACUUGGGAGUCAAUGUAUUCAACGGAUUCGAUGGAUAAUCGCGAUGAUGAUGAUGGUGAUAUUCAAGAACCAUCUCAGCUCUCCAGUUAUCUAAGACAGCUAGAGGAUAAAGUUAAAGAUGGUCAAGAAGAAGAUAAAGAGAUGAUGAUGAACGAGAUUGAUAAAUUGGCUGAUAUGUUUAUAGCAAAUUGUCAUGAGAAGUUCAUGUUGGAGAAGGUUGAUUCAUAUAGGAGAUCCCAAGAAACGCUGAAUAGAAGCAGUUGAUAAUGAUGAUGAAGUGGCCUAAUUUGUAUCUUUCAUUUCUUUUUAUGUAAUCCCACUUUUUCCUUCUUCUUUUUUUUUUUUCUUUUGAAUUUGUUCAAAAUUCUCUGAAAAUGAGUAUUGGAAGCAUAGGGGAUGGAUUGUGUGGUGCUUGUUGUGUUACAAUCUGAUGAUGAUGAUAUUGAUGGUGGUGGUUUAUAAACUAGAAUAGACAGUCCAAAAAGGAAAAGAGAGGAUGCAAAUGGAAUGGAUUUUAGUAACUUUGGCUUUUGUGGUUUAAGUUCUUUUGCUACUAUAGAUCUUCUGAUAUUGUUGUUUACUUUUGUUUGUUGUACAACGCGGGACCAAAAGAUUUCGAUUUUUAAUUUCAUUA